ACGAGCUAAGAGUGAGGGAGUGAUAGAGAGAGAGAGAUACUGACUUACCGAAGAGGCAAAUCUGUUUCCUGUAUUACAACUUAGUUCCUUAACAGUUGUUUUACAGCGACAGCCGGCAAAAGUUUCAUAAAAAGUAUCGUAAAAUGCAAGCGAUCAAGUGUGUUGUGGUCGGAGAUGGAGCUGUGGGAAAGACCUGUCUUCUCAUCAGCUACACUACUAAUGCAUUCCCUGGGGAGUACAUUCCCACAGUGUUUGAUAACUACUCAGCAAAUGUUAUGGUGGAUAGCAAACCAGUCAACCUGGGUCUCUGGGAUACAGCUGGACAGGAAGACUACGACAGACUGCGGCCACUGUCCUACCCGCAGACGGAUGUGUUUCUCAUCUGUUUCUCCCUGGUGAGCCCAGCUUCUUUUGAAAACGUCAGAGCCAAGUGGUACCCAGAGGUGAGGCAUCACUGCCCUUCAACUCCAAUUAUUCUGGUUGGCACCAAGCUCGAUCUGAGAGACGAGAAGGAGACCAUUGAAAAGCUAAAGGAGAAAAAACUGGCACCAAUCACUUACCCACAGGGUCUUGCGUUGGCCAAAGAAAUAGAUGCAGUUAAAUACCUGGAGUGUUCUGCUCUUACUCAGAGAGGUCUGAAGACAGUGUUUGAUGAAGCCAUACGUGCUGUGCUCUGCCCACAACCCACGAAGGUCAAGAAGAAGGGAUGUCUGCUGCUCUAAGUCUACAUGGCACAUUUAUUCUUCACUGUAACAGCGGUACUAAAGGAAUCUCUUGGUUUCCUUCGACAACCAAACAAGGAGUCAAAAAGAAGUGUUGGUGGAACUUCAUUUAAUUACCAAAGUCUUUCUUCUCUUUGUAGCCCAACACAACUCUUGAAAGUAAUACCAUCUGAAAUAAUAUUUUUAAAGUGUAAAAAAUAAAAAGUAUUUAAUCAAAUAUAUAGUAACUGAUGUACUGUAAAUUUGUGCUUGCUGUAGUUGAUGUGGACAAAGUCAUGUAUUGUAUAAAAUGAUUUUUUUUCCAUUCUACUUACUGAAUGGAAUCACAUUAUACAUGCAUAUUUGUUUUUAAGAAAUGGCAAAAAUAAACUGUACAACCCUAAAUUUCA